GUUGUGAACUGCCGCGACAGUCCUCGCGAGGGUUUGGAUGCUCCUCAGGACCCGCCUUGGUGGCGGUGCUGCACUUGGCCCCACUGCACAGCUGGGGAAACUGAGACUCGGGCGAGCGGCUCUCAGGCCCUGACCUUCCCGCGCAGCCCAGGCGCGUCCGCAGCAGAGCCCGAGAUUCCCGGGCGACGGCGGGCCCCGCAGUCACUGCCCGCCCGCGUACGGCCUUUCCUCUACGCCCGCCUAGCGAGCUGCGGUUACCGAGAAAUCCGGCGACCGCCGCGCCCAGCGUGCCGUCACCCCGGAAACGGAACCUCCUCGUGGGCGUGACCUGUGACUCGACCUCCCAUUGGCUGGCGGCGCCCGUUCGUCCCGCCCCAUCCACGCGCUGAUUGGCCGCGCGCGCCAACCGUCGGUAUUUGAAUCGGUGGCGGGCAGAGGGGCUCCCGGACUCCUCGUCUCCCGCUUCCUUGGUUCCGUGCGGCGGCCGACAGAAUGAGUCUGCACGUCUUCAGUGACGAAAAUGUCACUGGUGACAAAAGUACAGAAAACUGCGACUUCCUGUUUUCACCACUGGAACUUACCGGAAGAUCAUCUGUUCUCCGUCUGUCACAGAAAGAAAACGUACCACCUAAGAGCACAGCCAAAGCUAUGAAGGUUACUUUUCAGACACCUCUGCGGGAUCCGCAGACACACAGGAUUUUAAGUCCCAGCACGGGCCGCAAGCUUGAAGCUUGCUUUGCUCUGGGCGACACCGUUGGAUUAGAAAACUGUCAUCAAGUCUGGACCCAGAAAGAGAGCCAACAGUUCACCAAGGAAACAGACACUAGAACGACCAAUGGAAUUCUCCAGAAACCAGCAGUGGCCGAUGCCAACCCCGCUUCAGAGGACAUGAGACCGGCCUCUGACGACAGGCAUCGCAGCGGGCCCUCCUCGGCUCCCCAGGCCUGCCUGGAUCCUGCAAGCUCUUCCCAGAUGCCCGAAAGUGUUGAAACCCCAGAGGCAUCUCCGGGACAAACGUCAGGCAGCCCUGAGCCCACCCAGGAAGAACACGUCCAUCCUCAUUCCUUAGAGAAAAGUGCUACCUCUACCUCCACAAUUCUAGAAGACCCUCCCGGGAUGGCAUCCCAGGACAGAACAGAGGACCCGCUGAGAGCCACAGGAGAAAACUCGAGCGGGCUCCCUGCGCCCUCUGCCGGGGCCGCUUCAGCUCCUGGUACCCACCCCGGCGGAGCCCGCGGAGCAGAGCCCCUCGUGGACCUGCCUAGCGAGGCCCCAGCUGGCCCCGUGGAGGCUGGAGGUGCCACGUUCCCCAGUCCUCAGAAGGAGGAGGCCGAAGGGCAAACGGCCGACUCUUUGAGGAGUGAGCCCGUAAGGCUGGAAUUUGACUUUUCUGACGGCACCAUCAAAGGGCCGCCCCCACUGAGGAAACGAGGGAAGACCCUGGCUCUCAGACCUCCCUCGAGGAGACCAGAGGCGAGGCAGGAAAAGGAGGAAAAGGCCCUCGUGGAGGCGGGCGAGGGUCCCGAUCCCCCUGCCUGCGGGUCCAACAGCCUGGACCGGGACAAGCUGGACGACCCAGACUGUAACCCCACCGGAGGUGACGGAGAGGCCCGGCCCCCAGAGCACCCCAAGAGCGGGCCGGCCACAGAGACCUCGUCUCCAAGCCGGCAGGUGCCCUUGGCCUCGGCGGAUGACACACCGGCGUUGCAGACCUCGGCAGGGACCGCAGAAGCGGCGGGCGAGGAAGGGACCACAGACGCUUCGGGGGCAUCGGCUCCAACCAGCAGCCCGGGCAGCGAGCCACCAACCGUGCCCACUGACCCCAUACCUGCAACCCCCCGGGGGCCGGAGCCCGGCCUGGACCUGAGUGGGGAGCACUUCUGGGACCCCGCCGAGGUUCUAGGCACAGGGGCCGAGGUGGAUUACCUGGAGCAGUUCGGGGCGUCCUCGUUUAAGGAGUCGGCCCUGAGGAAGCAGUCCUUGUACCUUAAGUUUGACCCACUGCUGCAGGACAGCCCCCGGGGGCCGGCGCCUGUGGCCCCGGAGCCCAGCAGUGCACGGGGCACAGACGCGCAUUCCUCGGGAAGCCCCCCGGAGGCGCAGCUGCUAGACCUGGACUUUGCAGGAGCCCCGGACGUUCCCACGCUCGGCCCAGCUCCUUGUGACCUCGGACCCAGGGCUCCGCUGCUGCCCGUGGGGCCCAUUGUGGACGUGCUGCAGUACAGCCAGAAGGACCUGGACACUGCGGUUGGGGCGACACAGAAGGAGAACGAGGCGCUUAGGGUCAGGUGCACGGCGCUGCAGGAAAAGAUCCUGGAGAUGGGGAAAAUCAUGGACGCGUUUGAGGGGACCGUGUACCAGGCGAUGGAGGAGGCUCAGAAACAGAAGGAGCUUGCCAAAGCCGAGAUCCAGAAGGUUCUGAGGGACAGAGACCAGCUGACUGCAGACCUGCACUCCACGGAGAAGUCGUUCUCCGACCUCUUCAAGCGGUUUGAGAAACAGAAGGAAGUGAUCGAAGGCUACCGCACGAAUGAAGAGUCGCUGAAGAAGUGUGUUGAGGAUUACAUAGGCAGGAUCGAGAAGGAGGGCCAGAGGUACCAGGCGCUGAAGGCCCACGCGGAGGAGAAGCUCCAGCUGGCGAACGAGGAGAUCACCCAGGUCCGGAGCAAGGCCCAAGCGGAGGCCCUGGCGCUGCAGGCAGUCCUGAGGAAGGAGCAGAUGCGCGUCCACUCGCUGGAGAAGGUCGUUGAGCAGAAGACUAAAGAAAACGAUGAACUGACCAGAAUCUGUGACGACCUCAUUUCCAAGAUGGAGAGAAUCUGAUGUAGCAGCCCCGACCUGUGCCGUCCCCCCGUCUGUCUGUGUGUCUGUCUGUGUGUCUGUCUG